AUGGCUACGUUCGCUGCUGUCGCUGCUCUGCUGGGAGUUGCCAGUGCCGGCCCGGUUCUGGCCCCGGUCAACGAUAUUCUGUUUCCUGCGACUGCCCACUCUUCCAACCCCUUGAUCUAUUCUGGCGGGAAUACGCCCUACUUUACUGGCCCGAACGUCAAUGGCAUCUCCAACGAGGUUCCCUCGCAGUGCACAGUUCAGCAAGCUGCCUAUGUGGUGAGACACGGAAGCAGAUUCCCCGACAGCGGCUCCUACGGUUCAUGGGUGGCUCUUGAGGAGAAGAUCCAAGCGGCCGUGAAAGGCAAGGGCUUCAAGGCGCGCGAUGAGCUCUCGUUCAUCGCCGACUGGAAGACUGUCCUGACCAACACCACUCUGCAAAUGUCCCAAGAGUCGAUGACGGGUCGCAAAGAGGCUGUUGAUCUCGGUUACACUUUGCGCGCUCGCUACCCCGAUUUCUACGAAGACGGCCACCCUUUCUACGUGUGGGCCAACCAGUACGCGAACCCCAUCAGCACCUCGCGCGUGGUCCAGACCGCGCAGGCCUUCUUGCAGGGAUACAUGUACGAGUUCGCCGACACCUAUGGCAAGGUUGUCAGUGUCAACUCGACGGGCUCCGUCAAUGCGAUUGGCAACUCGCUGGGACCCUCGGAUGCGUGUCCCUUGUAUGUCAACAAUGCGUAUAACAAUGUGACAAACUGGGAUGCGACGUGGAUGCCCGCGGCCAUCAAGCGCAUCAACGCCCUGGUCAGCGGCAAUCUGACCUUCACGGAAACUGACCUGACCUUCUUCCCCUACCUGUGCGCCUAUGAGAGUCAGAUCACGGGCCAGCUGAGCGACUGGUGCAAUGUCUUCACCCAGGACGAGUUGACCAAGUAUGCCUAUUCGCAGGAUCUGAGCUACUGGUACGGUGUGGGACCGGGUUCGUCGGAUCCCACCAAGCUGCUCUUCCUGCCCUUCCUUGAGAGCUUCUUGGAUCUGCUGGCGCAGGGCCCCGGCCAGAACGGCACCGACGUGGAUGGCAGUCCCUUCACCGUGCCCAAGCUCAUCAUGGCCUUCUUGAACGACAACCAGAUCGCCGAGUUGACCGCCGGCAUGGAUCUCUUCCAGGACCAGACCCCGUUGCCCGAUGACCGGAUCCCCUCCAACCACCUGUACAACGUGGCCCACUUCAUCACCAUGCGUGGUACCGUUGGGUUCGAGGUUCUCAACUGCGAGACGACCACCAAGAAGAAGACCACCGAGGACACCUAUCUGCGCAUCCUGCUCAAUGAUGCCGUUUAUCCUCUGCCCAUGUGCAAGAGCGGGCCGGGCAGCAGUUGUCUCCUAUCGGACUACGUCACCUAUAUCAAGAAGAAGAACGCGGAGGCAGGCAACUUCAUCGAUUACUGCAAUGUCACGCAGGCUGGUCACCCCGAGACCGUGGCCGGGGCCAGCUUCUUCACCGACUUGACUCAGGACUUCUUGACUCUCGUCUCUCCUUGAGCAUGGUUGAGCAUACUGGGAAUUCUUUGCGUGGACUGAAUGCGUCCUCGCGU